CCGACGAGCACCCACCUUCCCCUUCCCCUACCUCCUCCAUGGCCUUCUCCCCGCGCUCGCCGUGGUCGCGCUCCAGGAAGCCCGACAUCUACUCCACUGUCGUGGUCCACGACGACGAGGACGACCCCCGCGGCGGCGGCGGCGGCGUUGCCCGCGCGGAGGAUGACGACGACGACGACCCCUCCGCGCUGCCGCCGCUCCUCCAGCGCCUCCCCAAGGACUUCGGCGGCGCGUCCUUCGACGACGACGACGACCCCUACUCCUCGGACCUCGACGACGCCUCGCUCUCCGCCACCGUCGUCAUCAAGCGCGGCGCCCCCGCCUCCACCUCGGCCUCCUCCCGAUCCCCGUUCCUGGAUCUGCGCCGCGCCAGCCCCCGCGCCGCCGAGGAGGACCCGUACUCCACCUUCGUCGUCCACGGCACCGGGCGCUCCGGCGGCGCCUCCAGCCCGCACGAGUCCGUCUCCGGCACCUUUAUACGCCACCCCGGCGCCUCCUCCAGCCCCCGCGAAUCCGUCUCCGGCACCUUCAUACGGCACCCGGGUGGCUCCUCCAGCCCCCGCGAGUCCGUCUCCGGCACAUUCAUCCGCCGCCCCGGUGGCUCCCACGAGUCCUUCUCCGGCACCUUCAUUCACCGCACCAGCGGCGCCUCUAGUCCGCGCGACUCCGUCUCCGGUGCAGGCGUAGGGUUUGGGUCCUCCUUCUCGACUCCUUCGGCUGGGCAGGCGGAGGAGGACCGGCAGCCGUCGCUUCUGAUGCAGCAGCAGCAAGCAAGGCGGCAGGCAUCGAUGAGCUCGGUCCCGGACAGCGUUGCCAGGGAGGAUCCUUCAACCAAGUAUGAGCUGCUCCAUGAGCUCGGCAAAGGUUCGUAUGGUGCAGUAUACAAGGCAAGAGAUCUCAGAACACAGGAGCUUGUGGCCGUCAAGAUCAUCUCCUUAUCAGAAGGGGAAGAAGGAUAUGAAGAUAUAAGGGGAGAAAUUGAGAUGCUACAGCAAUGCAGCCAUCCAAAUGUUGUCCGCUACUUUGGAAGUUACCAAGGAGAAGAAUACCUUUGGAUAGUUAUGGAAUACUGUGGUGGUGGAAGUGUUGCUGACUUGAUAGGCAUUACAGAGGAGCCUCUUGACGAACCGCAAAUAGCUUAUAUAUGUCGAGAAUCACUGAAGGGUCUCGCUUACUUGCACACAAUUUUCAAAGUACAUAGAGAUAUCAAGGGUGGCAACAUUCUACUGACUGAGCAAGGCGAGGUGAAGUUGGGCGAUUUUGGCGUGGCUGCCCAGCUCACGAGAACCAUGUCAAAGCGCAACACGUUCAUUGGUACUCCACACUGGAUGGCACCAGAGGUCAUUCAAGAAAGCCGUUAUGAUGGGAAGGUUGAUGUUUGGGCACUUGGUGUGUCUGCAAUCGAGAUGGCAGAGGGCAUGCCACCUAGAUCCACUGUGCAUCCAAUGAGAGUGAUCUUCAUGAUAUCUAGUGAACCUGCACCAAUGCUGGAGGAUAAGGAGAAGUGGUCUCUUCUUUUCCAUGAUUUUAUUGCCAAGUGCCUAACGAAAGAUGCAAGACUCCGCCCGGCUGCAGUGGAGAUGCUGAAGCACAAAUUUAUUGAGAAGUGCAACACUGGAGCUUCUAAAAUGUUGGCAAAGAUCAAGGAAGCAAAGGAGAUCAGAGACACCCUUGCGCAAAACCAGCCGCCUGACCCUGACGAUGAAAUGUAUGAUGCAACUGUUCGAAUUAAUGAAGAUUAUGGGGAAACUGUUCCGCUAAACUCCCAGCCAAAUCAUGAAACACAUAAUGAUGGUUGGGCAGGUGAUUUUGGUACAAUGAUAGUUCAUCCCGAAGAUGGUGAUGAAGUGGCGGAAUCAUCCAUUUUCCCAAAAGCAGAGUUCAUACCCGGCCUUGGUAGCAUCAGCUCAUUCACACAUGAUCCAAAGAGGGCUGAGCUUAUUUCAAAACUUUGGGCGGAGAAUGCAGCUGAUAGUGAUGCCAGUAAAGAGCGGGACUUAGAUGGACUUCCUGACACCCAAGAACCAAGAUCAAUGCCACCUUCAACUGGAACAGUUAAACAUAACAAGGGUAUAGAAGGGACUGUGUUGCGACAAGAUAAUCUAAUUAGCUCUGCAUCACCAGGUGUUGCCAGCACGAUGACCAAAUUAAAUAGCAGCCCAAGCCGUAAAGCAUUUUCGGUUCAGGAUAAGCUCUGGUCGAUUUAUGCUGCUGGAAACACUGUACCUAUUCCAUUUCUUAAGGCGAUUGACGUUUCACCGCUAGCUCUAGUAUCAGAUAGUGUAGCGGGCAAUGGCCCGGCUGGUUCAAGCACAACCGACGCCUUGGAAGCAGUUAGGGAGCUAUUCAGCGGCGAUGGGCAGGCAAAGAAAGGGCGCAAAGGGCAAAAUGAAGUUCCUCUUCCUCCUGGUGUGCACCAUAGAUUGACGACAAGUCCCACAUUGAUGAACCUGGCCCAAGCUCUUGCUUACCAUAAGACGUGCUAUGAGGACAUGCCUCUGCAAGAUUCCCAAGCGGCAGAAGAGCAGCAGACGAUUCAGAACCUUUGUGAUACGCUUCGGACCAUACUGAGGUUCCUGGGAUCAAAAGCAGGCACGGCAUGGUGCAGACUGCAGAUCGACGCUGAUGGAGCUAUUGAUCCGUUUAUAGAAAGCGCACCAUCCUCUCGUCUCCGGCUCCUCCCUCCAUCCCUCCCUGGUCUCUCUCCCCCACCCACACCACACCCCACCCCACCCAUUGGCCUGCAACCUCCGACGAGCCCAACUGCGCCGGCGGAGGCGCCGGCGAUGGUGAGGGAGAUGCGCAUCAACUCGGCGCCCCGCGGCAAUCGCGCGCCGCUCCUCAACAACGGGGAGACGUCCAGGAUCCUCUCCGAUCUCGAGGAGGGCAACAACGUCCAGGCAGCCAACGUCGGGUUCUGCCGGGUCAUCAAGUUGGCCAAGAAAGACGCGGGGAAGCUGGUCUUCGCCACCGUCGCGCUGCUCGUCGCCUCGCUCAGCAACCUCCUCGUUCCCAAGUAUGGCGGCAAGAUUAUCGAUAUUGUGUCAAGAGAUGUCCAGAAUCCAGAAGAUAAGGCUCAAGCCCUGGCAGAUGUGAAUGGCACGAUUCUCUACAUUGUGGUGAUAGUUGUAACCGGGUCAGUUUGCACAGCUCUUCGGGCAUGGCUAUUCAAUUCUGCUAGUGAGAGAGUUGUUGCUCGACUUAGACAGGACUUGUUCAGUCACCUGAUAAACCAGGAAAUAGCAUUUUUUGAUGUUACUAGAACAGGAGAGCUCUUAAGCAGGCUUUCUGAAGAUACUCAAAUAAUUAAGAAUGCGGCUACAACAAACCUUUCAGAAGCACUGCGUAAUGUUACUACUACAGCUAUUGGUCUUGGCUUUAUGUUUUCAACUUCAUGGAAGCUAACAUUAUUGGCGCUUGCAAUUGUUCCGGUGAUAUCAGUCGCUGUGCGUAAAUUUGGGCGUUUUCUUCGUGAGCUUUCACACCAGACACAAGCUGCAGCUGCUGUAGCUUCAUCCAUAGCUGAGGAAUCUUUUGGUGCCAUUCGCACUGUAAGAGCCUUUGCCCAGGAGCCUCAUGAAGUUUCACGAUAUGGGGGAAAAGUAAACGAGACACUGAAACUUGGUCUCAAGCAAGCUAAAGUUGUUGGACUAUUUUCUGGAGGGCUUAAUGCUGCAUCAACCCUGUCGGUUGUUAUUGUUGUUAUUUAUGGAGCUAACUUAACCAUCAACGGUUACAUGACAACUGGUUCUCUAACAUCAUUCAUAUUAUACAGCCUUACAGUUGGUUCGUCAUUCUCUGCCUUGUCGGGACUAUACACAACUGUAAUGAAAGCAUCAGGUGCAAGCCGCAGAGUUUUUCAACUACUUGACCGCACUUCCUCAAUGACAACCGCUGGGGACAAAUGUCCCAAAAAUGAAAAUGAUGGGGAAGUUGAGCUAGACGAUGUCUGGUUUGCAUAUCCUUCUCGUCCUUCUCAUAUGAUUCUUAAGGGAAUCACAUUAAAGCUAGCACCAGGUUCAAAGGUUGCACUUGUUGGGCCAAGUGGUGGUGGAAAAACAACAAUAGCAAAUUUGAUUGAAAGGUUUUAUGACCCUCUAAAGGGAAAGAUCUUGCUAAAUGGAGUGCCUUUGGUAGAAAUUUCACAUCAGUAUCUCCACCAAAAGGUGAGCAUAGUUAGCCAGGAGCCUGUGCUCUUUAACUGCUCCAUUGAAGAGAAUAUUGCUUAUGGACUGGAGGGCAAAGCUAGCUCUGCUGAUGUUGAAAACGCAGCUAAAAUGGCGAACGCACAUGACUUCAUAUGCAGCUUCCCAGACCAAUACAAGACCGUCGUGGGAGAGCGAGGCAUCAGGUUAUCCGGUGGGCAGAAGCAGAGGGUCGCCAUUGCGAGAGCUUUGCUUAUGAAUCCACGAGUGCUUCUCUUGGAUGAAGCUACCAGUGCUCUGGAUGCUGAAAGCGAAUAUCUUGUUCAGGAUGCAAUGGACUCCUUGAUGGCAGGGAGGACGGUUCUUGUGAUAGCUCACAGGCUCUCAACUGUCAAGAGCGCUGACACUGUCGCCGUCAUAUCUGAAGGCCAGAUAGUGGAGAGUGGCACGCACGACGAGCUCCUCGACCGUGACGGCAUCUACACAGCCCUGGUGAAGAGGCAGCUGCAAGUGCCCAAGUUUGAAGGGAACAGCAACGGGGCGGUCGAAGUAGAACCCACUAGUAAUGGUCAAUAGUGUUUCCUUGCCUGACGAUAUCCCCUCCUUCCGUCAGUUAGUCACAUAUACCAUUUCGUGGGAAUACACACCUUAUGUAACACCCUGUCUGAUGCACGCAUUCUACUCUAAUUGGCCAUCAGUUCAAAAUGUCUUUACGAUC